CGCUGGUGGUCGCCACCCGGUACAACAUACCGUUCCUGCUGGACAAACCGGGCACCGGCAGUUACGUAACGGGCGAGAUCUACGAGGUGGACGAUCCGCUGUUCGAGCAGCUGGACGUGCUGGAGGACUACCGGAAGCUGUACGAUCGGCAGAUCGAGGACAUUAACGUCGGUAUCGAGGGUGGCAAUGUGCCGUGCUGGCUGUACCUGCUGCGCAACUGCCCGGACCGGUUGCUGAAGCUGCCGAUGCUGACCGAGUACCGGAAUACGCUCGAGCAGCCGUACUCGCGCCGUCCCCCCGGGAAGGUGAACAUCUUCGAGGAGUUGCUUAAGGGCGAUGAGUAAGGGUGGGAACGACGGUGGUUGUGUGGUUGGUGUGGUGAUAGUGGUUGGUGUGGUGAGCGGCCUGUGGAUAAAUAUCCCUGUUUUUUUAACCUGUUGCAUCCUAUGAGGAUGCAAAAGUUACUUUUUUUUUUUGGUACUUAAUGUUAGGUGGCGAAAUGUUAUGCAGAUGAUAAUAAAACAAAUGUCAAUUGAUUCCGAAGUUCCAAAAGCCAACGUCAAUGUAUGGCCAUACACGUAGGCCCCGGAAGGAGCCCGGUCUGUGGUUGCUGUUUGCCAACAAUAAAAAAAAUCUAAUUGUUCCCGUACGUUGCAAAGCUUUCGCGUUUCAAGGCGUGCUUAGAUUGUAAAGCGCCGAACACAAAAUUAUCUGUUUCGGUCACAUCGUCUCAGUUGAUAAUGCGAUUCGUCUCGUGAACACGGUUAGUGUCGUUUCGCAAACUUAUCACCAUUGCGGGUCAGUGCGGUGCGGUCCUCUCUUUCUGUGUUUCACUCAACGUUUAACUUGCGCCCAGAAUGUCCACCACGUUGCGACGCGUGUUCGUGUAUGGAACGCUCAAAAAGGGUGAACCCAACCAUCACUGGCUAACGGAUGUGACGAACGGGCAGGCACGGUUCAUCGCCAAAGGUCGUACGACCGAGCGGUACCCGCUCAUCAUCGCCACCCGGUACAACAUUCCCUUCCUGCUGGAUGUGCCCGGUAAGGGUCACUUUGUGGCGGGUGAAAUUUACGAAGUAGACGACCGCAUGCUCGGCCGGCUCGAUGUCCUGGAGGACUAUCCCAAGCUGUACGAUCGCCGACCGGAAAUGAUACGCAACGAGCAGACCGAUACCGCGGAAAGUUGUUUGAUCUAUCUGAUGCGAAGCUUUCCCAAGCGUUUGCUGGAAAAGCCCCUGCUGGAGGAGUAUCGGAACAGUCCCGAGAAACCGUACGUGGAGGCGGAUGAUAUCGUGUUCGACGAGUGAGAGAGGAUCGACGAGGCGGAAGAAUCUAUGGCUGGAGUUCUAAUUAACCGUUCGACCCGGCAACAGCAAAGACGCAGAGAAAACGUGAGAAAGAAACGUCCCGGAAGGCGAUCACAGCCAUGCAAGUCGUUAAACGUUGCCGAAGGUCAUACGUGUGUACUUUUGAGACGUUGUAAAAUACAUUUACUACGAUAAACCA